CACGUCUAACCGCAGAUGAUAAACGGCAAAAUAUGAUUGAAAAGAAAUAUCGUCUGUUAAAAAAUAGGCGGGACGGAAAAGUGAUACGUACGUACGAGAAAAAAAGUGAAAUAAGGCGAUAACGGCAACAUUGACGUGAUGUACGUGUUUUGUAAGGCAAUAUCGACAGGGUGUUUUGAAAACAAAGUGAGGAUUAAUCGAUAAACGCAAUACAUAUUGGCAACACAGCGUCUAUCAAUUCUGAGUAUGCGAUUGUCAAGAAGUGAGAUGAGAAGAGAGUUGGUUUCUAUGCGGUUAGUUUCUUAUCCUCCUCUCCUCAUAGUUCGCUGAAAAUGGCGGAAGCCACAGGUGCGGCAAGUGUUAAUCCUAAUGCCGAAAUUGUUAGGGGCCAAGUUUUUGAAGUGGGUCCCCGUUAUACAAAUUUAGCUUACAUUGGAGAAGGAGCUUAUGGAAUGGUUGUAUCAGCAAUGGAUGCAGUUACCAAAACAAAAGUGGCAAUUAAGAAAAUAUCUCCUUUUGAGCAUCAGACGUAUUGUCAAAGGACCCUCAGGGAAAUCAAAAUACUCACAAGGUUUAAACAUGAAAAUAUUAUUGAUAUUAGAGACAUACUUCGUGCGGCUACUAUUGACCAAAUGAAGGAUGUAUACAUUGUACAAUGUUUGAUGGAGACUGACUUAUACAAACUCCUAAAAACUCAGAGACUGAGUAACGAUCAUAUAUGUUACUUCCUUUAUCAAAUUCUCAGAGGUCUGAAAUAUAUACAUUCGGCAAAUGUACUUCAUAGGGAUUUAAAACCAAGUAAUCUACUUUUAAAUACUACCUGUGAUCUCAAAAUUUGUGAUUUUGGGUUGGCAAGGGUAGCAGAUCCAGAACAUGAUCAUACGGGAUUCUUAACGGAAUAUGUAGCUACAAGAUGGUACAGAGCACCAGAAAUUAUGCUUAAUUCCAAGGGUUACACAAAAUCCAUAGAUAUAUGGUCGGUGGGAUGUAUUUUAGCAGAAAUGUUAGCGAAUAGGCCGAUAUUUCCAGGAAAACAUUAUUUAGAUCAAUUAAAUCACAUUCUAGGUGUCCUCGGAUCCCCAUCACAAGAUGAUCUAGACUGUAUUAUUAACGAAAAGGCGAGAAGUUACUUGCAGUCGCUUCCUUUCAAGCCGAAAGUACCUUGGGUGCGAUUAUAUCCCAACGCAGAUCCGAAAGCUUUGGAUCUCUUAGAUAAAAUGUUGACCUUCAAUCCACACAAGAGAAUUGUCGUCGAAGAAGCGUUAGCGCAUCCAUAUCUAGAACAGUAUUACGAUCCAGCGGAUGAGGUGAGAAAAUAUGUUGAUAAUCACAGGAAAUGGUGAUAAGUUAUUCAUUAUCUUAGUUCGUUCACCUUUAAAAUAGAAUAAACAUUGAAAUAAUUUCAUCUAGAAAUUUCGUUUACAGAAACGGAAAAAAAAAUAUUGAAAGGAAUCUGUUGAUUAGUUUUCUCAGAGUAAUUUUCUCAAUUUCAGCCUGUUGCAGAGACGCCUUUCCGUUUCGAUACAGAACUAGAUGAUUUGCCAAAAGACCAUUUGAAAAGAUUAAUAUUCGAAGAGACUUUACUCUAUAAACAACAACAAUCGGAUCCAAACAAUAGGUCAUAGUUAUUUGAGAUCAAUGUAUAAAAUUAUUUUUUGUUUUUAAACAUUUUUUUUUGUUAUUUACUGUAAGUGCGAGCUUUUGGUGGAACGGCCGAAAAUCAUCUGUAAUGUUGCUCGAUAAAAUGAUGGUACCAGGGUAGUGGAUAGAGUGUAAACGAAACGGUGGGUUCAGUAUGUGUGUCUAUCUAAAGAAAAUUUGUUACCUCAGUUCGUUUAAAAAAAAAUUGUUUGCAGUAUUUUGUCCCCGAAAUAUAUUGGGUUUCGUUAUUUUUUUGUAUCCUCAAGUUGAAAUCGUACAAAAUUUUUUUUUGACAUUCAACAUUCCUUGCAAAAAGACGAACUGUAAAACGGAAAAUCCGUUGGUCCAAAAUUUCUCUUUUUUUUACAACAAAUUAAACGAAAAUAAUUCCUAUUUUAUUUCAUAUUUAUACCAAUAAAUCUAUCAUUAUACAAUGUUUAAAUAUUUACUAAAAAUAUAAUUUUUUUUUAUUUUAUUUUCUUUUAUUACAAAAAAAAUUAUCCAGUGGAAGAGAUAAUACUUUGGGAGAGAAAAACAGUGAGAGAGGAGACAGAGUAUGAAGUAAGAAAAUCAAAACAAAAUAGAAAGUAAGAAGAGACAGAGUGAGAAGAAAUUCAUAUUUAAAGAGGAAAAAAUGAAUGAAAGAGUAAGUGGAUAAACACAUAGUAGAUGGAGAUAGAAAUAGAAAAUGUCGAAAGUAUAUGAGUAGCGAGUGAGACAGAAAUGAAAAAGGGAAACAGAGUGAGAAGAAAGACAUAAAAGUGAAACAGUCGAAUGCGAAAAAGAAAGUAAGAAGAGAGGAGUCUGAGUGCGAAUUACAGAAAGUAAAAAAUUCGGAAAUUAAUGAAAAAGAGUAAGAGAAGAGACAGACAGUAGAAGGAGAGAGAAAUAGAAAAUGGCAGAGUGCAUGAGUAGAAAGUGAAAGAGAGAGUAAAAGGGAGACAGAAAUAUCGAAAUGCACGAAUGUAAAAAAGAGUUGAAAGAAAAGAAAGAGCGUGAGAAGAGAGUAAAAGAGGGAGGAAUGAAAGACAGUAAAAGACAUACAGUAGAAAGAGAAAUAAAUAGAAAAUUACAGAGUGUAUGAGUAGUGAGUGAAAAGGGGGAAGACAGAGAAGCGAAACAGGAGAAUGUAAAAAAGAGAGUAGAACGAAAAGAGACAGAGUGAAAAGAGAUUAAAAGAGGCAAAAUAAAUUAAACAGAGAGAAGAGACAUAGUAGAAAGAGAAAUAGAAAAUGACAGAUUGUAUGAGUAGCGAGUGAGACAGAAUUGAAAAGAGAGUAGAAGGGGAACAGAUUGAGAAUAGAGACAUAAAAGCGAAACAGCGGACUCUAUUACAGACCUACGUCUCACAAUUCAGUGAGUUAAAUCCAUUUACGUGGGUUUCUCCCACUUAAGUUCGGAUGGACUGGCGCAAAAACCCUUUUUCGGACACUUACUCUACUCCUGGUCUUGUUUUCGCUGUAGACUAGUUCUUCGAGAACAAUCCGCUGGACUUGCGAUUGGGACUUUCUACUUACAAUGGUGUUCCUUGGUUGGUUUUUUGAUUUGACGAUAAUAUCUUUGCAUUUACGUUUUAGAAAGAUAAUAACUUCGUUGAAUAUCUAAUGAAAUUCCAGCUCAAGUUUUGUAUCUUUUACCUGCCACCGGGUUAUCACUUUGCAACCUUAAAAAGUACGAAAUUGGUGAUAUAAAACAUUUUAUUUUGAUAUUAUGUAUUUAUUUAUUAUCACCCUCGAUAUCUACCCUUUAUCUAUCCCCAUAUCUUCCAUUAUUGAAAAGAACACAAGAUGUCUUUGUGCAGAUUUGACCUUAGGAAAAAGGUCCUACAGUGCAAGAUACGGCGAAUAAGGUGGGUGGUUUAACACUGGGAUGUUGUACUUGAUACGUGCGGAAUGAGGCACAAGUUUUGCACACACUUAACAAAAAAAACAGCACCUAUACAAACAAAAGCAACGGCUACACUGGUUUGUCUACAGGCGCGGUAGACAUAGCAUUCGAAACGGUAAGCUUUAAGCUAAUCAGCAUGCGUACUUUUUCUGUAGCAGCGCUUGUCUCGUUACUUAAUAGCCACACCUCGUAUUUCCUCAUGUUUGAUUACCUUGAACGUAAGCCACAAAGUUAAGUCGUGUAAACGUAAUUUAAGCACAAAACUAGUACAAUUGUUCUAAAUUUUGUAAAUUACUGACUUGAAAAAACUGCAAAAAUACUCAAUUUCAGAGGCAUUUGUUUCACUAAAACAGAUCUAUAGAAUCCUUUCAACACCACAAAACAAUACAACAAUAACCGAACCGCCGAAAAAAAAUUACGAAGGUUAAGAGAUCGCUUACCCCUCGACCGCCAUUUUCGCGUAGAUCAGCUGUUUUCUUAGAUUGUCUAAUUAAUCGGACACCAAAUUUUACUUGUGUGACGUAGAGACCAUAGAUAACUUUAGUUGUGUUUGAUCAAAACUGUUAUUAUGGUGGAAAUCCAGUCAGUUGUGUUUCCAUUGUAAAUACACAGAUAUGAAAUCCAUUCGUAAUAUUUGUUCCUAACUUAUGUUUACUCCGCGACCGCCAUUUUGACGUACAUCAGCUGUUUUCUAAUCAUUACCUGUUUUUCAACAUUUGUUUGUGUUUGUUAAUUUAUCUCUUCAACUGGCUAUAAAUUUCAUUUAAAUGAACUCGAGGUAAAUUUAUUACAUUUUUAAUAAUGUCAUGUCGCACAUACGUACAAAUAUAUCAAAAAAAAUGAAAAUUAAAUAAUUAUAUUAGAUUAGAAAUUUAACAUUUUUGGAUGUAAUAAUGUAUCUGUGAUUUAUCUUCACUUGAAAAUCAUUUUUAUUGAUAGUCUUAUCGUACCUUUUACAAUAGCAUUUAAGAUAUUUUUAUCUAAAUGUAUCACUUUUGAAAAAAAUUAUAUCUAUGUGUUAUAUUGCUGUUUAUAAUAUACACUUUCUCUACCAAUUUUUCACUAUCAUCACCAUUUUUGGAAAAUUAAAAGCGCCAUUUGUUGCAUGCAUAGUCCGACAGUAAUAAAAAAUUAAACAUAUAUCACCUACUUUUUACUCUAUGUAUGUAAUUACAUAAAGAAAAGACCUUAACUCUCUAUUCUGAUGGGACCUAUUCUUUCCCAGAAUUUAAAUUUUCCUUCAUGCGCGUCAUCAAUGACGUAUUCAUUAACCCCAUAUUUUGAGGUUAUGUAUCUGAGUUAAUAUUAAAGAUAGAGAGAGAACGAGGUAUACUUGUUUAAGUGGGAUUUAAGUAUUGAUAGAGAGGGAGAGAAAGUCCACUUAUAUGCUUCUCUCUCUAUCUUUAAUAUUAACUCUAUGAUUUUUGACAUUAAUUGACACGUCGUGGUAAGUUAAGUAUCGUUUUGUCAACUUUCUUAUUAAUAAACAAAUGGAAAUAUACUAUCAGCCAAAAGUUUUUGCACACCCUAUAGUUUACGUAAUAAAUAUAAUACGGUCGAUUUCCAGACGAUGAAAACCUAUUUGAAAGCGCGGAAAUAUAUUAGAUUUAGUACACUUUGGUGUUUAGUUUUGCUAUAAUACAUAUAUAAGCUUUUUCGUAGUGGGAUUGUGGGAAAAUUGAACACCAUCUAACAUCACUAACUCUAAUAUAUUUCCCAGUUUUCAAAUAUGUAUUCAUCGUCUGGGAAUUAAUUUGUUGAGAAUUGCGACGUUUUAAAUUUUUUUGUUUCUUCUAAUUUAUUGAAAAAUUCUUAUUUAAAAAGUAUAUAGAAAAAAAAUUGGGAGGUGAAAGGAAAAUGACGUUAAAUCAAAUUAUCUAUCUUCAAUUUUAAAAAAUGAAGAGUUUUUGAAUAAGUUUUAGAUAUUUAUCAAUGUUAAUAUCAUAAUAUGAUACCUUGAAGAAGGUAAAAAUUUUACAGAAACGUCUAAGGAAAAUUUGUAAAAAUGGCGUUUUUCCUUUUCCGAUAGUAGAAUUUUUGAAGUAUCUUUUUUUAACUGUGAUUCUAAUAGAUUUGGUAAAAUGAAAAAAUAUUUUUUAUAAUAAAUAACCGAUCGAUUCAAUGCAAAACACUUUUGGAAUUUAGUAUACUUGAAGACUUAGUAAUGAGAUGUGGUUGAUGGUUGUUAUAUAAAAUAUGGCCUAAUUUUUUUCUAUUAAUGUUGUUGAAAUUACUGUUACUGUAUGUUACCUACAUUCUUAUUAAAUGUCGAAAUAUCUCAAUAUAUAUGUAAAAUAAAUUAUUAUUCAUGG